GGCGGCGGCGGGAGCGCGCAGGCGGCGAGCGGAGCCCGGUGCGGCCGCGGCGUCCGAGGCUGGUGAGCGGGAGAGCGCGGGGCGUGCGGACAAAGAGGGCGCCGCGCGGAGGUAGGACCCGCCCCCGGCCCCGAGUCCCCGGGCCCCCGCCCCCCGGGCCGGGUUGGAGCGGAGCGGGGCGGCCCGGCCCGGCCCGGGUCACUGCGGCGGCGGCGCGCGCCCGGGCGCACGGCGGGAGGACCUGGCGACGCUGCCUGCGGGCGGUCCUGAGCUCCCGAAACUUCCCGUGGGCGCGGGGCGGCGGCCAGGAGGCGGGGGGACCCACCGGCCCUGCCGGCCCUGGCCCGGGGUCUAGGCGGACGGCCCCCUGCACCAGCCCCGGCGAGCGUCUACUCGGGCGGCUCCCGGCACCAGCCCCGGGGUGUCUGCGCGGGCGGCUCCCGGCACCAGCCUCGGCGUGUCUGCGCGGGCGGCCCCUGGCCCCUGGCCCCGGCGUCUGCGCGGGAGGCGCCCGCCCCUGGCCGUGGGCGCGUCUACACCGGCGGCCCGGCACCUGGACCGGCGUCCACGCGGGCCCGCAGUACCUGCGGCGAGCAGAGGGGCGGCCGACCCCGCCCCGCCGUCAGGGGCAGCAGUUCCUGCCGACGUCCACAACGCCACCCGGUUCCCCUGGACACGUCCACACUGAACUGGGGAGCAGCGUCUGACAUGGGUGUUACAUGAGCCACUGUCAGGGCCGCGUGGAGCGUCUCCCUCGGUGAGCUACAGGAAGAUGGAUGAGUCGGCCCUUCUGGACCUUCUGGAGUGUCCCGUGUGUCUGGAGCGGCUCGACGUCUCUGCCAGGGUCCUGCCUUGUCAGCACACGUUCUGCAAACGGUGCCUGCUGGGUAUCGUCGGUUCCCGCAACGAACUCAGAUGCCCCGAGUGCCGGACUCUGGUGGGCGCGGGCGUGGAGCAGCUUCCAAGCAAUAUCCUGCUGGUCAGACUUCUGGACGGCAUCAAGCAGAGGCCUUGGAAACCCGGCCCUGCGGGGGGCAGUGGCCCCAACUGCACAAACGCCUCGAGGGCUCCGAGCAGCGCUGUGGCCACUUGUAGCUCGAAAGAUCCACCUUGCCCCCAGGGUGGACAGCAGCCUCGGGCGCAAGCCUGGAGCCCCCCGGUGAGGGGAAUACCUCAGUUACCAUGUGCCAAAGCAUUAUACAACUACGAAGGCAAAGAGCCUGGGGACCUUAAAUUCAGCAAAGGUGACAUCAUCAUUUUGCGGCGACAAGUGGAUGAAAAUUGGUACCACGGGGAGGUCAACGGAGUCCAUGGCUUUUUCCCCACCAACUUCGUGCAGAUUAUCAAACCGUUACCUCAGCCCCCGCCUCAGUGCAAAGCACUUUAUGACUUCGAAGUUAAAGACAAGGAAGCCGACAAGGAUUGCCUUCCGUUUGCAAAGGAUGACGUUCUGACUGUGAUCCGCAGAGUGGACGAGAACUGGGCCGAAGGCAUGCUGGCAGACAAGAUAGGAAUAUUUCCCAUCUCGUAUGUUGAGUUUAACUCGGCGGCCAAGCAGCUGAUCGAGUGGGACCAGCCUCCCGCCGGGGGCGUUGGCGCUGGGGAGGGCGCCCCGGCCGCUGCCCCGAGCAGCGCGGCCCCCAAGCAGCCCGAAGCCAAGAAGAACACGAAGAAGCGGCACUCGUUCACCUCCCUGACCACGGCCAGCAAGGCGUCGCAGGCCACCCAGCAGCGCCACUCCAUGGAGAUCAGCCCCCCGGUCCUCAUCAGCUCCAGCAACCCCACGGCCGCCGCGCGCAUCGGCGAGCUGGCCGGGCUCUCGUGCAGCGCCCCCUCUCAGGUCCACAUAAGUACCACCGGGUUGAUUGUGACCCCACCCCCGAGCAGCCCAGUGACCACCGGCCCCUCGUCCACGGUCCCGCCAGAGGCCCCCUACCCGGCCGCCCUUUCGACUAUGAAUCCUCCUCUCCCCCCGCCCCCUCUCCAGGCGGCCACCCCCAUGGGCGCUGUUGCUGCUUCCGGGAUGGGCUCCAGACCCGUGGCCGGACCCACUGACCAGACCGCACACUCACGGCCGCAGACGCGCCCCAGCGUGUAUGUUGCCAUUUAUCCCUACACCCCCCGGAAAGAGGAUGAGCUGGAGCUGAGGAAGGGGGAGAUGUUUCUCGUGUUUGAGCGCUGCCAGGACGGCUGGUUCAAGGGCACGUCCAUGCACACCAGCAAGAUAGGGGUCUUCCCCGGCAAUUACGUGGCCCCCGUCACGAGGGCAGUGACCAGUGCUUCCCAGGGUAAAGUCCCCGUGUCGACCGCUGGCCAGACAAGUCGAGGGGGGGGACCGGCCAGCCCUGCCCCCACAGGAGCGCCUGCCCAGAAGCCCCCGGGGAACGGCAUGGCCGGCGGUCCCGGGGUCCCCACUGCCGUGGUGUCAGCAGCUCACAUCCAGACGAGCCCCCAGGCCAAGGUCCUGCUGCACAUGUCCGGACAGAUGACCGUCAACCAGGCGCGCAGCGCUGUGAGGACAGUCUCGGCACACAGCCAGGAGCGCCCCACCGCGGCCGUGACGCCCAUCCAGGUUCAGAGCGCCGCGGGGCUGCCCCAUCACCCCCUGGCCUCGCCCCAGCCCCCCGGCCCGAUGGGCCCCCCUGCCCACGUGGCUGCUGGCAGCCUGGGCCGGGUCGGCGCCCCCCUGGCCUGCGCUGCGGCCCCGCCGAGCCUCCCCGCCGCCUCCCUGGAGACCGAGCCCGGCGGUCGCCCAGUGACCAUGCUCCCCGGGCCGCCCACCUCUCCCGACAGCGGCUCAGCGGCCAAGCCAGACAAGGACAGCAAGAAAGAGAGAAAGGGGCUGUUGAAGCUGCUCUCCGGGGCCUCCACCAAGCGCAAGCCGCGGGGGUCGCCGCCGGCCUCGCCCACCCUGGACGUCGAGCCGGGGGCCGAGCUGCUGCCCGGGGCCCCCAGCGCCCCCUGCGCCUGCCCCGGGCCCUGUGAUGCCGACGCCCCGGCCCCGGCCCCCGGCCCGCAGCGCCGGACCUGCUCCCUGGACUCGGCCCCGGUGGCGCCACCGCCGCGGCAGCCCUGCUCGUCCCUGGGCCCGGCGGCCGGUGACGCGAGGCCUGCGGUCUGUGAAAGAGGUUCAGGUCACCACCUGCUAGUUGUAAAGCACCUGGAGGAUCUGCCCCCUCACCGUCCGCUUCAGAUUCUUCCUGAGCCAGAGGGCGGCCGAGUUCUCCCGGCCUGACCCCCUCCUGACCCGCCGACUGCGUUCCGAUACCCGCAGAACGACGAGCCCCGUUCCGUGACUGUGGCCCUGAGUCACCGUAAUUUACACACGGGAGCCAACGUGUCUGAUUCCGCUGCUGGGGCUCUUAGGAGCGCAUUAGGAGAGAAAACCUACUAAAUAAGACAAAAGCCUACUAGGAUCGUACGAAUUAGAAACACGGCACAGUUCGUUGCCCGGGAAGACACCAUGAAGUACACUAAAAAUAGGGGACUGUUUUCCCAUAACGCAGAAAUAUAUAAAUACGUGCUUUAAAAGGUGCCGUCUGUCUCUGUAAGCUUUAUUCCCUCUGUCCCUGCAUCUCAUAAAUAAAGCAAAUUUCUAGUUUGUGGAGGUGUUGCCUUUGGGGCAGCAUUUUCCGUUACUUAUUCGAAAACUACUAUAAAGUGUUAUACUUUGAAAUGACUUAAAUUUACCUUAGCUCUGUAUUUCAGAUGAACACUUGUACCCACCAAAAUCUGAGGCUUUCCUUCAGACGACUCGGGGGCCAUACUUUAUUACUCAAAAAUAACCUGGGAAAGAAUUCGUCAAACAAUCUAUGCGCCUUGAGUACAAAGUACACAAUUUACUGUGUACUUUUAUGGCAAAGUAAAAUAAUUUCUUGUAUUUCUGACCCUUA